UGUGAAAAUAAAUACUUGAAAAAUUGUCAAUAAUUUGCCAACCAUAUUUGCACCAUGACGGUGACAAAUGGAGAGGGCAAUAACGCUGGUGGUGAUGGCGGUGGUGGUAUUGUGAGACCGCGUUGUUUCUUCGAUAUUGCACUGGAUCGAUUGAAUAUAGGUCGUAUUGUAUUUGAAUUGUAUUCGGAUGUGGCACCAAAAACCGCGGAAAAUUUUCGUGCCUUGUGUACCGGUGAAAAGGGUAUCGGCAUUGUAACGGAAAAACCCUUGCAUUACAAGAAUGUCAUCUUUCAUCGUGUGGUCAAAGAUUUUAUGAUACAAUCGGGUGAUUUCUCAGCCGGCAAUGGUACGGGCGGAGAAUCAAUAUAUGGUGGAACAUUUGAGGACGAAACAUUUGAUAUAAAACAUGAUCGUCCUUUUUUGUUGUCCAUGGCCAAUCGUGGUAAAAAUACCAAUGGCUCACAAUUUUUUAUUACUACACAACCUGCACCACAUUUGGACAAUGUCCAUGUUGUUUUCGGUCAAGUUGUAUCGGGACAAGAAUUAGUACGUCAAAUUGAAGAUUUGCCAGUUGAUCGUAAUUCCAGACCAUUGCAAGAUGUUAUUGUAGCCAAUUGUGGCGAAUUGAUAAAACAGAUUAAAAUUAAAAAAGAUAAGAAGAAAAAGAAACGUGCCGCUUCAUCGGAUGAUGACAAAUCGGCUGCCAGUGAUUCCGAUGAUGAGAAGCAAUCUAAACGUAAGGAGAAAAAGAAAAAGAAGGAUAAAAAACGAUCCAAAUCCGAGGAUAAAGAUAA